CCCGCAGUUCGUGGGUUUAGGACGUGUUUAAACCCGCAGUUCGUGGGUUUAGGACGUGUUUAAACCCGCAGUUCGUGGGUUUAGGACGUGUUUAAACCCGCAGUUCGUGGGUUUAGGACGUGUUUUCUCGCGGCUGACGGGACCGUUGACGCGGCAUGGACGACAGCAAGAUGCCGGAGGGGAAGGUGAAGAAUCCCGGGAAACGCAGCAGGAAACCGGCCAAGAUGGACCUGCGGGAGGAGCUGGACAUGAAUCAUAAAGGAAGACCCAAAAGACACUGGUGUGAUGAUUGCAAGCAAGUGUUCACCACUUCAUCAAACCUGAAGAAGCAUAAGAAAACUCACACUGGUGAUAAACCGUACAGCUGUGAUCAGUGUGGAGCGGUUUUUGCCCAAAAAGGUAACUUAAAGCAACACCAACGUAUUCACACUGGAGACAAGCCUUACAGAUGUGAUCAGUGUGGAGCGGCUUUUGCCGAGCAAGGUGCUUUAAGGAGACACCAACGUAUUCACACUGGAGACAAGCCUUGCAGAUGUGAUCAGUGUGGAGUGGCUUUUGUCCGACAAGAUCAGCUAAAGCAACACCAACGUAUUCACACUGGAGACGAGCCUUACAGAUGUGAUCAGUGUGGAGCGGCUUUUGCCCAAAAAGGUGCUUUAAGGAGUCACCAACGUAUUCACACUGGAGAAAAGUCUUACAGAUGUGAUCAGUGUGGAGCGACUUUUGCCCAGCAAGGUGAUUUAAGGACUCACCAACGUAUUCACACUGGAGAAAAGCCUUACAGAUGUGAUCAGUGUGGAGCGACUUUUGCCCAUCAAGGUACUUUAACGAGUCACCAACGUAUUCACACUGGAGAAAAGCCUUACAGAUGUGAUCAGUGUGGAGCGACUUUUACCACAUCAAGUAAUCUAAGAGUCCACCAACGUAUUCACACUGGAGACAAGCCUUACAGAUGUGAUCAGUGUGGAGCAGCUUUUGCCCAGCAAGGUGCUUUAACGAGUCACCAACGUAUUCACACUGUAGACAAGCCUUACAGAUGUGAUCAGUGUGGAGUGAUUUUUGCCCGACAAGAUAGCCUAAAGCGACACCAACGUAUUCACACUGGAGAAAAGCCUUACAGAUGUGAUCAGUGUGGAGCGACUUUUACCACAUCAAGUAAUCUAAGGAGUCACCAACGUAUUCACACUGGAGAAAAGCCUUACAGAUGUUAUCAAUGUGGAGCAGCUUUUGCCCAGCAAGGUGCUUUAAGGAGUCACCAACGUAUUCACACUGGAUAAAAGGUGUACAUUUGUGAUCAUUGUGAUCUCAUUUAUUUUGAGAGUUCAGUUAAAAUGCACCAAUUUAGUUUACUUAAUUUAGUUUGAAAGAAAUAAUUCACACAUACGCACUGACACACACACCAACACAUAGAUGAUCUGAAGUUUGUGUUUAAUGUCUAGUUAAUUGUUGUUUAUGUGUAGUUUAGGCAUUGGAAUUCAUCCCAGGUUUUGUUUCACUUUCUUUUAAGACUUUUGCAAAUAAAUUCAGAUUAAUUUGAAUGAGAGAAGUUGUUUGUGUUUAUUUUAUAGAUAUUUUUGUCACAGCUGCUGGUUUCAAA